AUGAUGUUGCAGACUGUGGACACGACUGAAGUUUGGCAGGACGCUCUCCUGGUCAAUUUGUCCGUCGAUUUUGAAGAUGUGGCACAGCUAGGAGAGAUGGCCUCAAAACUCAAAAACAUGGGAGGCUAUAAACAGGUGCGCCCAAGUCCGAAAAUCACUUCCGAAGACGAGGAAUUCUCGAGUGAUGGGGAUGAAGAAAGCGAUGAGAUGGAUCUCAACAUUCUCAUCGGAAUGGGACCCAAAAUCAUGUUUCAUGAUGUUGCUGCAGGUGUCACGGUCAAUGCCAACCAUUUUGAACUCACCUAUGACGGUGAGAAGUAUCGCUUCACUCACGGCAACGUGAAUCCUCCGCAGCGGCGUCGAAAGCAGCAGCAGCUUCCUCGUCAAUUUACCACCAAAGGCGGAUUGAACUCUGUACCGACUCGGUCAUCUGCUCAUAUGCUAAUCCCGGGAGUAAUGUUACAGAAAGAAGAACCCCUCAACGUCUGGCACGAUGUGGACACAAUGGAUGUUUACAUUGAAUUCGAUGGGGCUGGUUGGAGUCAAGCUUGUAAUGAUUUGAUGCGCGGUUUGGAAGCCCAGGGAUACGUGGAUGUUUCACGAGGA